GGAUCUGACAAACGACUGCCCCUAAAUCUAGGAGCACCAGAUUUGUAUGUGAGAAUCUGCACGUAGCAUUCAGACCCAGACUUUAACAAAUCCAGCCCUGAGCAUCAGAUGGCCAACAGUACCCUUAAACAUCACAGAUAGGACGAAGCUCCAGCCUCAUCUGUAUCUGAACACCGUUAGCUGACAGGAGUCCACAAAGGAGCCGAGGAGCAACCGCUGGAGGAUACUUAUCUGCACCCAGAUGCUCUCUUUUAGGAUGGAGCUACCAUGCUGGUGUCUCCUGUUGCUGAGCUGUGUGCAGUCACUCUCAGCUCACAAUGACUUCUUCACCUCCAUAGGCCAGAUGACAGAUUUGUUAUACACAGAAAAGGACCUUGUUACCUCUCUAAAGGACUAUAUCAGAGCAGAAGAGAACAAGCUAGAGCGGGUCAAAAGGUGGGCUGAUAAGAUGGAUUCACUGACAGCCACAGCUACACAGGACCCUGAAGGCUUCCUGGGACACCCUGUGAAUGCCUUUAAGCUGAUGAAAAGGCUAAAUACAGAGUGGGGCGACCUGGAGAGCCUUGUGCUCAGUGACACCACUGAUGGUUUUAUUUCCAACCUGACCAUCCAGCGACAGCACUUCCCUACAGAAGAGGACCAGACUGGGGCUGCCAAAGCCCUUCUUCGGCUACAAGACACUUACAGACUGGACGCCAACACCAUCUCCACAGGAGACUUACCUGGAGUGACACAUAAGAGUCACAUGACAGUAGAGGACUGCUUUGAGUUGGGGAAGAUUGCCUACUCUGAUGUAGACUACUACCACACAGAGCUGUGGAUGGCCCAGGCCCUGAAGCAGCUCGAUGAAGGAGAGGAGUCCCCUUUGGACAAGGUGUUGGUACUGGACUACCUCAGUUAUGCCAUCUACCAGCAGGGGGAGAUAGAGCGAGCCCUGGAGUACACCAGAAAACUUCUUUCACUGGACCCAGAACACCAGCGUGCCAAAGGCAACCUAAAGUACUUUGAGUUUCAGUUGGAGAAGCAGAGGAAAGUUGAGGAAGAAAAAGCUCAAAAGCAGAAGGAGCGAGGCAAAAGAGAAACAACUGAAACAAAAAAGGAGAAGAAGAAGUCUAAAGCACAGACUGCCUUUCAGCUGAUUCCAGAGAGGAAGAAGUAUGAGAUGCUUUGUCGUGGAGAGGGCAUUAAAAUGACCCCCCGCAGGCAGAGCAGACUGUUCUGUCGUUACUAUGACAACAAUCGAAACCCCAAAUAUUUGCUGGCACCUGUCAAACAGCAAGAUGAGUGGGACCGCCCCUACAUUGUUCGCUACCUUGACAUCAUCUCUGACAAAGAAAUUGAAAGAGUGAAACAACUGGCAAAGCCAAGAUUAAGGCGAGCCACGGUGCAUGACCCUCAAACUGGGAAGCUUACCACAGCCCAGUACAGAGUCUCCAAGAGUGCUUGGCUCACAGGCUAUGACGAUCCAAUGAUUGACAUGAUCAACCAGAGAAUCGAGGACCUCACAGGGCUGGAAAUGGACACUGCAGAAGAGCUGCAGGUUGCAAAUUAUGGAGUUGGUGGUCAAUACGAGCCUCACUUUGACUUUGGAAGGAAAGAUGAGCCAGAUGCUUUCAAGGAGCUGGGUACUGGAAACCGCAUAGCAACAUGGCUCUUCUAUAUGAGUGAUGUUGCAGCAGGUGGAGCCACUGUAUUCCCAGAUGUUGGUGCAGCAGUUUGGCCUAAAAAGGGUACUGCAGUGUUUUGGUACAACCUGUUUGCCAGCGGGGAAGGAGACUACAGCACUCGACAUGCAGCCUGCCCGGUGCUGGUGGGCAACAAGUGGGUAUCAAACAAAUGGAUCCAUGAAAGAGGUCAGGAGUGGCGGCGACCCUGUGGCCUGAGUGAAAGUGAAUGAUUGAUAUGGAAAGUUCCCUAAUUUUCCCCGAUUUCCCCUCUGUUGCUACCUUGUGAACCACCCAGGACCAAAAGAGCCCCACUGCAGAUCACAGACCAUCCACACGGGGUCCAAAUCGCUCCUCCCUUUUCUUCAAACACUCCUCUGUUUUACACUGUUGGGGUCAAAGCUCAGAGAUUGUUUGGGUUAACGCUGAGCUCCUGGACAGUAUUAGCAUUUCUGUGACAAAUAAUGUUGGAGUUGUUGGAUGGUUUUGAGAAACACUCCCCAUUGCUCAUCUCACAUGUGUCUUUCUUUGCACUCUGUAUAAACUCUAAACUCUGUGGUGAGGUUAUCCUGCAGCUGUGAAUGCAGGGACCAGUCUGAAUAUUCAAGAGGCAGUUUAAUUUCUUUUUCAGUGUACUGCUUUCACUCCACUGUUAGAAGAAACUCACAAAGGCUGUAAACUGAUUUUGUGUGAAAUUACCUGCAAGUUACUGUGUACUGAUGGAAACAUUCCUACAUUUUAAGAAAUAACUGACAUGCAAUAAAUUUAUUAAAAACUGUCAUUUAGUCAACUUUACAAACUAACUCAACAUUAAACAGGGACUAAAAUGGUCUUGAGAGCUGGGAAAGUUGUUGACAGUCAAGGUUAUGUUGUGGGGAAAACUCACUUUAUACCUGGUAACAUUUCAUCUUAGCUAAGGCUAAGUCUUCAUCCAUGCAAUACUUAUCAUGUGCACAUAUCACACAUAUCUUUGGUCAGCCUCAAAGCCACCGGGCUUUUGUAACUUCACUGACUGGACACAGACACAUUUACACUCACAUGUUAGACCCAGUGAUAGUCUGCUUCUUAGUUUUAAGCAAAUCAACAGCAGUUCAACACAGGAACAAUGCAAGAGUAAAAGAUGGCAACAAAAAUGGACUGGAUAUAUAUUUUAGAUGUUUGAAUAUAUGGGUUUCCAAGGAAGAAUGAUUUUAUUUAUAUGUCCCAUUCACUUGUUUUGUUGUAUUUUGUCAUUUUUGAGAGUCUGGAGUGGAGUUUUUUCUACAUUAAAGUCUUUUUCAAAGUAAAAGUGA